UUGACUAUGGCUGGAAGCCUUGGCCUAAUUGUGCUGAUCAGGAUUGACUCCCACUUUGACACUCCCAUGUACUUUUUCCUCCUCCAUUUAUCCUUCACAGACCUCUGCUACGUCUCAGUGAUUGCCCCCAAGAUGCUAGUGAACUUCUUGGUAGAUCAUAAAAGCAUCUCUUACACAGGCUGCGUUGUUCAGCUGUGCUUGUUAACAGCCUUUGGGACUAAUGAGUGCUUUAUUUUGGCUGUAAUGGCAAUUGACCGAUAUAUGGCUAUUUGCUAUCCUCUCUUAUAUCCUGUUUUUAUGUCCCAAGAACUAUGCAAGUGUCUGAUUGCAGGAUCAUAUGCAGCUGGCGUUGCAAAUGCAGUGCUACAGACCGUAUAUAUAUUCAGAUUAUCCUACUGUAGAUGUAACAUCCUCAAACAUUUCUUCUGUGACAUUCCUAAACUUCUUCAGCUUUCCUGCUCUGAAUCUCACCUUUCAGAAUCAAUGAAUGCGAAAAAUGAAACCCAAGUAACACAGUUCAUCUUCUCAGGACUCACAGAUUAUCCACAAUUGCAAGUAGUUCUGUUUGCUCUGUUCUUGAUUAUUUAUAUCAUCACACUGAGUGCAAAUCUAGGGAUGAUCCUAUUGAUCAAAAUUGAUCCCCAGCUGAAUACUCCAAUGUACUUCUUUCUCAGCCAUUUGUCUUUCUUGGAUGCCAGCUAUUCUUCCACUGUUACUCCUAAAGCAAUGGCAGGCUUUUUUGCCAAAAAGAAAAGCAUUUCCUUGAUUGAGUGUGCUAUUCAGUUUUACAUGUUUGAUGGUUUGGUGAUGACUGAAUUAUUCUUACUGUCUGUCAUGGCAUAUGACCGUUAUGUAGCCAUCUGCAACCCACUGCUUUAUUCUGUUGUUAUGUCGAAGAAGUUGUGCACCGUAUUAGUGACCAGUGUGUAUAUAUAUGGCUUUGUGAGCUCAGUGGUUCAAACAGCAUUAACUUUUACACUCUCUUUCUGCUCAUCAAACAUGAUUGAUCAUUUCUACUGCAAUGACCCUCCACUGUUAGCCUUGUCCUGCUCUGACACACGACCUAAAGAAAUCCAGCUUUUAGUCUUGUCUGGUAUCAAUUUAAGUAGUUCUCUCUUUACAAUCAUUGUCUCUUAUGUCUACAUUCUGUGCACCAUCUUUGGAAAAUGCUCUUCUGGGAGAAGGAACAGAGCUUUCUCCACCUGUGCCUCCCACCUGACUGCCGUCAUCAUAUUCUAUGGCACCCUCUUCUUCAUGUACCUGAAACCAAGCUCCACUCAUUCCCUCAGUUAUGACAAAGUGGUGUCAGUUUUUUAUGCUGUUGUUAUCCCCAUGUUGAACCCCCUUAUCUAUAGCUUGAGAAACAAAGAAGUGAAGGAAGCCUUGAAAAAGGUGAUGGGGAGGAAAUGUUUUUUUAAUAAUGAGAUGCCUUGCUAA